AUAUCCGGUGAUCCAUGUAGUCGUUUCCUUCGUGUGACCGACCUCACGUCCUCUAGGAGAAGCGAGGGUGCUGGUGAGCUAGGACACCUAUUUGGUUUUUUGGUGACUUUCAGAGCUGUAAUCAUGGGUUUCGAGAAGAAAAUGCUCACGCACGGAGAUCCUGAGGAGGAGGAAAAGGAUGCACCUGCAGAGGAGGAGGAGGAGGAGGAAGAGGAAGAACUGGUGGACCCCCUAGAAACAGUACGAGCCCAGUGUGAGAAGACUGAACACUGUGUGCACCUCAAGGAGCGUCUGGAGACCUGUGAAACCCGGGUCAACUCUAGGUCCAAGACUUUCGAGGAUUGCACAGAAGAACUGUUUGACUUCCUGCAUGCACGGGACCACUGUGUAUCACACAAGCUGUUCCACAAAUUGAAAUGAAUCUGCCUUUCCCAGUUCCCGCUGUAGAAUCAGUUUAACUGUUAAAACAGUUCUGACAUGCUCUGUAUUAAUGUAAAUGAAUUUUCUUGGGUACCUGAACUAAUGCAUGCCACACAUUCUGUUUGUAGUACAUGUAGACAGGCUGAGAAUUAUGAAUCAGUGCUUGUAUGCGUGAUGGUUGCAUCCAGGUUGUGCAAAGAAGACUCGUACUAAUGUGGUCACAGCAUAUGGGAAAUGCAGUUUUUCCUCAGAUUCCGUGUUAAACUCAUUGUUUGGAAAAUAAAGGCUUUCUUCAGUU